AUGACUUUAGACACGACACCUUUGAACGUACUCAUUGUUGGAGCGGGCAUCGGAGGACUUACCGCGGCCCUUGGACUACGCCAACAGGGCCACCAUGUAACGUUAUUCGAACGAUCCCAACUAGCGAAAGAAGUCGGAGCCGCCAUUCAUCUUGCGCCAAACUGCCAUGGAAUUCUACGAAGAUUUGGAGUGUACUCAGAAACCUUUGGCGCCAAUCCGGUCGAAGGAAUCACUGAAUAUACCGGCACCGGAGAAACCAAAUUUGAUAUGAAUUUGACAGGUCCUUUGUCCAUUUGGGAAAAUCCAUGGGUCCUUUCUCACCGUGUUCGUCUUCAUGAAGAGCUCAAGAGAUUAGCAACAUCCACCGAGGGCAAAGGAACACCAGCCAUCCUCAAGACAUCCAGUCCAGUAGUAGAUGUUGAUCCUUCAACGGCGACUGUCAAAUUCGAAGAUGGCACUACGGCGUCUGGAGAUUUGGUUCUUGGUGCCGAUGGCGUCAGCUCAAUAACCCGAAACAUCGUCACCGAUACAGAUAUCAAGCCCUUUGGCUCCGGGAAGAGCGCUUUCCGAUUCUUGGUUCCUCACGAUGUUAUCCGCAACAAUGAAGCUACCAAGGUUUUCACGGAGCGAACUGGAUUCAUGACCAUGUGGAUGGGCGAUGAUCGUCGAUUGAUCAUGUAUCCUUGUUCGAACAACACUUUUAUGAACUUUGUCGCUAUCCACCCCAGCAAUCUUUCCGCUGGUGCGAACAAGGGUGCUGGCUGGGGACGUGGUGGUAGCACCGACCUACUAAAAGAAGUGUACAAGGACUUUGAGCCAAGAGUCCGAGCUCUUCUGGAGUUGGUGGAUGCUGAUGAACUGAAGCUUUGGACUUUGUUGGAUAUGGACCGCAUUCCGACUUGGCACAAGGAGAGGCUGGUACUUCUCGGAGACGCAGCUCAUCCAUUCUUGCCUCACCAAGGACAAGGAGGCGGUAUUGCAAUCGAAGACGCGGCGUCAUUGACUGCUCUACUCCCACUAGGCACGACAGCAGCCGACAUUCCAUCUCGACUGUCGCUAUAUGAAAGGACAAGAGACGAAAGAGCGCAUAAAGUUCAAGAAUUUACACGACAGGCAGGAGAGGAUCUACAUGGAGAGAAGCGUGCCAAAUUCAAUAUCUACCAGUUCCUCGACUACAAUUUCAACCACGAUGAAUGGCACAACUCUACGAAAGCCCUCAAAGAUUAUUUGUACUCCCAAAACACGAACCUCCACUGGAAGUCUCCUCUAUCAUUUGGUCCCAUGCCCAGUCCACGCCAAGAUAUUGUCGGUCAACGCCACAAUGGUACAAAUUCAUCCUUCACUACAUAUUCUGUGCGCUUCAAGUCAUCGGCAACAUAUCUCAAGACUCUCUUCCCUACACCACAAUUCAGCUUCUUCAAGCCUGGAACUGUCGCAGAAGCUACAUUUGCCUGCACCGAGUUGAGUGGCAUGAAGUGGCUGGGCGGAGGCGGGUAUAGAUACUUUGGUCUCUGGCUGCACGGCGUUCAAUACGAAAAGAAGGAUGGAAGUAAGGUCUUUGGGUCGUUCUUGGCGGUUUUGAUGGAGAAUCUGGCAGAUCCCAUCAUCACUGGAAGAGAGGAGCUUGGUAUGCCGAAGUUGUUCUGUGACAUUGACGUCGAAGAAAAGGAUUCGGCGACCAAAAUUCAAUGCAGUUGGAGAGGCGCAAAGUUUGUUGAUAUUUCCAUCAACGGGCUGGCUGAAGCUAAUGUCAAUGGCACAAACGGGACCAACAGCGUCAAUGGCGUCAAUGGUGUGCCAAAACCUACAGGACCUCCAGGCGCCCCUCCACUACCAACAGAACAAGGACAACUCAUCUACCGUUAUGUUCCCUCGGUGGGCAACCCAGGUGUUCCAGACGCAGCUUACCCUGUGUUUAUACCGGAUGGUUUGGAGACGACGCCUCGAAAGAUUGAAACGACCUGGGUUGGCAGUGGAGCUGAGUUGAACUUGACAGCUGGAUCUUGGGAUACCUUGCCAACAUUGAAUCAUAUUGCGACUGGAUUCUCGGAGAUUCCUGUCUAUGGGAUUAUCAAGAGCAAGAUUGAGCGUGGAACAGGUGUCGAUGAUAUUUCUCAUGCAAGGAGGGUGGAGUAG